GGUUCGGGCACGAUGGAGGACGACUAUAAAAGAGAUGGGAUUUCCUGGUCAAUUCUGUCUUUUUAUUCCCAAGCUCAUCAGUAUUCUAAUUGUCCAUUCAUCUUCUCAAUCUCUCAUUCACUCAUUCACUCACCUUCUAAUCAAUCACUUCUACGUGUUUAUCAUCCAAUCCAUCAAAAUGAAGUUCUUCGCCACUGUUCUCCUCUUCGCUGCCACCGCCAUGGCCCUGCCCGGAGCUCCCAGCGGGGGCAACGGUGCCGAGUACCCCCUCUCCCGGGACGUCACCUUCCAAGAGGCCAACGCCAAGUGUGGCAAUGACGCUGUCGUCUCCUGCUGUAACAAGAAGAGCACCACCGGCGAUGUCACCACCCUCAACCAGGGUGUUCUUGCCAAUGUUCUAGGCAGUGCUCUCGGCGGUGGCCCCGGUGGUGAUGGUCUGGGCCUCUUCAACGGCUGCAAUGAUCUCAACCUGAAUGUUCCCGUCCUCAACUUGGUUCCCGUCAACGCCCAGGACCUGGUCAACAAGAAGUGCCAGCAGAGCAUUGCUUGCUGCCAGAACACUCGCUCCGAGGCGAACGGUGACCUGGUUGGCGUUGCUCUGCCUUGCGUCGCUCUCGGCAGCCUGAUCUAAAUGACGCUCACGCCACCAUUCCUCAAACAGAAUCUUCUGUGAAGCCUAUCCUGUGGAAUGUCCAAGGCUUAUGCAGGAAGGAGUACAAUACAUUAACGUACAUAUAUGUACACAUGAACGCCUGGGCAAGGGCUUUGUGUUCCGGUACACAGAGAACAGAAUUCUUCGCCGUGGGUGUCUGCUUCUCUCUGAUGUAUCAUGUCGUUCGUUCUCUUCUCGUUUUUCGUCUUUUCUGAGACGUUAAACUCAUGUAAUUAAGAAUAUUUAAUAAAAGGUCCUUGCUGCAUACUUUCUUCAAAUUUCUAUCUGUGAUUUCU